ACAGUCUGUCUAUAGUCCUCAUACUGGAGGUAGCUCUCUUUCGGGGGAUGGAGAGCGGAUGUGGCAACACACAUACGAGUUCCGGGGCGCGAAAACUGUAAACACAGACUUCUGAAAUAACGCUGCAUAUUUUUACUGAGCAAAAACUACUCUAUAUGCAUAUAAUAGCGAUGGCACGUAGUGUUUGGUAGUGACAGUAAAACAGUUUCAGUCUUAUUAUCGAAGCUAAAGGCUGAAACUCAUCAUGUACCGCUACAAUGAAGUGAAGACUUUACUAAAAAACUGGGAGCAAGACUUUGUCAAACGGCACCAGAGGAAACCCAGUAAGGAGGAUAUUGAUCAAGCACCCGAGGAAAUAAAACAGUUAUAUAAAGAGUACAGAAGUUUGAAACAGUCCAAAGAAAACAGCACCAAUCAUACCAGUGGAUCAGCUGACCAGAGCACAUCUAAACAGAUCAACUUAACCUCAAAGGAAGCAGAUUGUUGGGGUUCACAUUUGAAUCGUAAAUCGCUGCCGGCUGCCUCUCCAAAACUCACAGCACAGGACAAAGAUAAUCUAAAGGCUUCAGCACAUUAUUACGGUCUUAAGCUCAAGUCUAAUUUACUUGCACUUGGAAAGGAGAGGCCAGUGUCUUUAAAGAAAACUCCAACUCGGACACAGCUGAAUACUUUGAAAGAAGGACAAACUGCACACACAAACAGCCCAGUGUCUACUCCUAAAUCUACACCAUGCAAACCAUCGAACCCCUUCUCUCCAAGACUUGACUCUAGCUUCGGAUCUCUGACUUCACAAUCAGUACCUUCUGAAGAACCAGAAGAACCUUUUGAACCCUUUGCUCCUUCCACUGAAACAACAAACUCCACCAGUGAAAAUGAGCCUGUACCCAGUCCAGUGCCUUCUAUUGGCAGAAAACCCACUCUUUUUUCAUCUCUGUCACCUUCCAAAAGAUUAGAGACUACAACAGAAGCUUUAACAAAUUAUCAAGAUGGUAAUAAAGUGAAUGAGAAAACACCACUCAAAAACAGCAUGAAAGAACUAGAUUUAAAUGGAUUGAAGGGAGCCCCAAAGUUUUCCAGUAGUUUCAGAGGAGAAAUUGGUGGAAAAAGUACUGCAGCAAAACCAUGUCUUGCUAACAGACUGACUCAUAUUGACAAGAAGUGGUUGGAAAGAUGUCAAGUUUUUGGAGAGCUGGGAGCACAAGACAAACCUGUUGUGGGAAACAAAGAAGUUAUUUUUGAACAAAAGCAAGAUCAAAAAGAUGAGGCACUGGAAUUAAAAAUAAAUCAAUCUGACAUUGAAAAAGUAUAUUGCAAGGACAAUAGUAGUAAAAGUAAAGGUAGUGCUGAUGGUCAAGAAGUAAAAUUGGCAAAUAGGGAUCUAAAGUCUGAGGUGAACAGUAGUGAAGUAAAACCUGUUCAACACAAAAGAAAAAGUAAAGUUGACAAUGAGAUUAAAGAAGUGAACAUGGAUUUAGAACCACCGGGACUGACGCCUCCACUGACUCCAGAAGAGGGUGCUAAAACAAAAAGUACCAAAAGAAAGGGUCGAAAGAGGCACAGAGAAGGAGAGGAAGAGGACGGGGCUGUGGAGGAACAGGAGACAGGAGCAAAGAAGAAACGCAGAAGGAAGAAGAAAGAUGCAGCAGCCAAUGAUAACGACGAAAGUCCAAAACCAGCGAAAAAACAAAGGGCUAAAAAGAAGGGAGACAAGGAUGGAGAGGAGAAGAAAGAGAAGGAACCUACAAAGCCCCCACAGGAAAACCUGUUUGGAGAGGUGGAUGAAAGUUUUGGAGCCAGAAAACUAUAUCAACCCGGUUUAAACAAGCCAAGGAAUAUGAAAAUGGAGGGAAACUUUGUGAAAAUAAACCUAAAGAAGAAGUCCCAUGUGAAAGGAUAUGCAUUGAGGGGGAUGGCUCUAAGGCGACAGAUGUACAUGGAGAAAUUUCAGUUGAAGGGGGAGCGUUUUGGGGGCGGUGCAGGGUUCUUUCGAGGGAGACGAGGCGGUUUCCGAGGGUCGCUCAGUCGCCAAGGAGACACCUGCUACAAAUGUGGAGGCACGGGACAUUGGGCCAUCGACUGCAAAGGGCGAGCUCCACCCCCUUCAACACAAGACAAGCCGUCAGCCGAAGAGGAGCCCUUUGAACUUCCCACUCUGGAAGAAGUUGCCAGGGCAACGGGAACUCUCAAAUCUGAGCCUAUUGUUUCACAGAGCAUCAGUGAAGAGUCUACCCAGGACAUUGAUGAAGACAGUAAGAAACAGGACGAGAUUUUGCUGAAUGUGAUCCGUCCCGACUAUGAGCGCCCCCCUCCUCCUCCACCGAUGGAGCCUCUGUUUCCUCUUGUGGAAAAUGGGAAAGUUCAAGAAACGCCAGCUGAAGUUUUUGCUGGCCUUAAAGAUUUGGGCUAUCAGUCAUUCAGACCUGGGCAGGAGGACGCCAUCAUGAGGAUCCUGUCUGGUCUUUCUACAUUGGUGGUACUAUCGACAGGAAUGGGCAAAUCUCUCUGCUACCAGCUCCCGGCCUACCUGUACUAUCAACGCUCUAAAUGCAUAACACUAGUCAUCUCACCUCUGGUCUCACUAAUGGAUGAUCAACUUUCGGGGAUAUCGCCAAAGCUAAAGGCUGCUUGUAUUCACUCCAACAUGACAAUGAAGCAGAGAGAAGCUGCUAUUGAAAAGGUGAAGACAGGGCAAGUGUGUGUGUUGCUCCUGUCACCUGAAGCUCUGGUCGGUGGAGGUGGUUCAGGAUCAGGAUGUCUGCCUCCUGCACAAGACCUCCCCCCUGUGGCGUUUGCCUGUAUAGAUGAAGCUCACUGUGUGUCCGAGUGGUCCCACAACUUCAGACCCUGCUAUCUGAGGCUUUGUAAGGUGCUGAGGGAGCGUCUGGGCGUGCAGUGCUUGUUGGGUCUCACAGCUACAGCCACUCUGUCCACCGCGUUGGACAUCGCUCGACAUUUGUACAUUAACGACAAAGAUGGCAUCGCUGUGAGGUCUGCCGCCGUGCCUCCAAACCUCAACCUGUCUGUGUCUAUGGACAGAGAAAAAGACCAGGCGCUAGUUUCCUUAUUGAGAGGUGACAGAUUUGGAUGUUUGGAUUCCAUUAUUGUGUAUUGCACCAGAAGAGAGGAGACCACACGAGUCGCUGCACUGCUUAGAACCUGCUUACAGGGGGUGCUAGUUAAAGAAAACCCAAACAUUACCAACAACAAUGAGGCUCAGAGGAACCCUGUAGGACAGAAGAAAAAGGAACUUGCAAGGAAAAAGAUCCGUAAACCAAUCAAAUGGCAGGCAGAGUCGUACCAUGCCGGUCUGUCGGGGUCUGAACGACGCCGCGUCCAGAAUAACUUCAUGUGCGGGGAGCUGAGAAUUGUUGUGGCAACUGUGGCUUUUGGAAUGGGACUGGACAAAUCUGAUGUCCGAGGAAUCAUUCACUACAACAUGCCUAAGAGCUUUGAAAGUUACGUUCAGGAAAUUGGACGAGCUGGAAGAGAUGGAGAACCAGCCCACUGUCAUCUGUUCUUAGACCCGGAGGGUGGAGAUCUCCAUGAACUUCGUCGUCACAUCUAUGCAGACACAGUGGACUAUUACACAGUCAAGAGACUGGUCCAGAAAGUCUUCCCUGAGUGUAAAUGUAAACAAAUCCACCAGAAACAGCAGUUACUCACUAAGGACAUAGAGGACUCCGAGCUUCUUGAAAUGAUGGAAGUCUGUGAACAGGAGAAAGGUCUGAUAGAGCAAAUUACACCGUCUAUGAAUGACCAACCAACAGAUGCACCACAACCAGCCCCAGUUGAUAGUACUAAGUUACCAGUUGAAGAUGAUGCCACUGUAUCUGAACCUGAAGCCAGAGAUGACAAGUCUGUUCAGCCACAAGAAGCUGUUGGUUCAAAUGUCGACAGUGAAUCGGAAAAAGAAAGAACAGCGACCUUUGAGUGGCCGAAAGAUCGUGUUUGUCACACCCACGAAAGAGCUAUUCCAGUCCAACAAACUGUGGAGACUUUGGACAUCACAGAGGAAGGUGUGGAGACUUUGCUGUGUUAUUUGGAGCUCCAUCCUCAGCGUUUUGUGGAGCUGCUUCAUCCAACAAUGUCCCAGUGUAAAAUUGCCUGCUAUGAUGGGCCACGACAACUUCAGAAACUUACUAAAGUCUGUCCUCCUGUUGCUGUAGUUCUGGCUCGGAUGAGGAUGAUGGGCGAACGGGUGGAGGUUCUGGACCAGGUGGAGUUUGAUGUAGUGGAGGUGGCCGAUACGAUGGGCUGGCAGCUGCCCCUGGUGAAGAGAGGACUCAGGCAGCUGCAGUGGAGCUCAGUGGGGGGUCGCAGUGGUGUUAUGGUUGAGUUUUCGGCCCCGUCGUUUUACUUUCGUUCCUAUGGUGACCUCAGCGAUGAAGAGAUGGACCAAGUCUGUCACUUCCUUCACAACAGAGUCCAGAGCCAAGAGACCACACAGCUGUACCAGCUCGCCUCCUGCUUCAAGGCUUUUAAAAGUGUGGCGUAUCAAAGAGUAACUUCCUGUGUUGAUGAUUUGGACGAGAGCCGCAGUCUUCUGCUUAAAAGUCUCCUCUCUGAAUAUUUUGAAAAGAGGAGAGACCAGCACAACAAACUAGCUCCUCUGGAAAUGGAAGAACUUGACAAAUUUAAGCUGUUUGACUGGGAGGGACAGAUCAGAGCAGACAUUAGGAGUUUUCUUGCUAACAGAUGUGAUGAGAAGUUUACUGGGCGGGCUGUGGCCAGAAUCCUCCAUGGCAUUGGGAGCCCUUGUUAUCCUGCCAUAACAUAUGGCAAAGACAGACGCUACUGGAGGAAGUACAUUCAGUUUGACUUCAACCAACUCAUCAGACUGGCCACUCAGGAGAUAAUUCAAUUUAAAUGACUGAUAAAAGUUAUUUGUUGUAUCAGAUAAAUCAUAACUUUUAACUCUGUUUUGUACAAAGUAAAUAUUGUAAUAAAAGUAUUUUUG